AUUCGGGGUACCUAGCACUACUGGAAAAAAGAACUUCUAGAUUUCACGAUCUCUUAUAUUAUAAUAUUUUAACAGGACUAUUUACUCUCUGUUCCUUUGUAAGUAAGCUCAGCGAUGCUAUUUACUUAGCAGCAACUUGAGUCAAUACUUGAGCUAGCUAGAAUGGCAGAAGAUAACCAAGUAGCAGUGGUGAUGGUUCCAUUUCUAGCACAGGGCCACUUGGGUCAACUCCUCCAUCUCUCCCGCCUCAUCUCCUCCUACAACAUCCCGGUCCACUAUGUUAGCACCACAACUCAUAUUCGCCAAGCCAGGACCCGUCACCAGGGAUGGGACCUCCUUGCCUACCACAAUAUCCACUUUCAUGAAUUUCCAAUCCCAUAUUUUCAGUGUCCAGACCCCAAUCCCAAUGCUCCAACCAAAUUCCCUUCCCAACUUCAGCCAGCAUUCGAAGCCUCCAUUCACCUUCGCGACCCUGUUUGCCAAUUGCUUACUUCCCUUUCUGCCACUUCCCGAAGAAUUAUCAUCAUUCACGACUAUCAAAUGGCCUCAGUGGUUCAAGAUUUUGCUUCCCUACCUAACGCUGAGUCGUAUACUUUUCAGAGUACUUCUUCAUUUUUUCUUUUUUCCUACUACUGGGAUUUAGCAGGCAGGCCUAUUGUAGCUGACAGCAAUAUACUUCAACAACUUCCCUCUAUUGACGGCUGUGUAACUCCAGAGAUGUUGGCUUUUGGGAGAAACCAAGCAAUUCACCUAACCAAAAGCUCAGGUGAACUUUACAAUACUUCCAUAGCAAUCGAAGGUCAUUACUUUGAUAUGCUCCAGAAAUUCCAGGCUGACAAGAAACAUUGGGCCAUUGGACCCUUCAACCCUGUAGAUAUUUUCCAGAAACAAGACCAGCUACGACACAAAUGCUUACAGUGGCUAGACAAUCAAGCUUUAAAUUCAGUGAUAUAUGUUUCUUUUGGGACAACCACUUCCCUAACUGAUGAACAAAUCCAUGCCAUUGCUCUUGGCCUAGAAAACAGUGGCCAAAAUUUCAUUUGGGUAUUGAGGGACGCGGAUAAAGGAGAUAUAUUUACUGAAGAUGUCAGAAGAUAUGAAUUGCCAAUGGGGUACGAAGACAGAAUAUUUGAGGCUGGACAAGGGACGAUUGUGAGAGGUUGGGCGCCACAGUUGGAGAUUCUAGCGCACACCUCCACAGGGGGAUUUAUGAGUCACUGCGGAUGGAAUUCAUGCUUGGAAAGCCUGACAAUGGGAGUGCCUAUGGCUACAUGGCCAAUGCAUUCUGACCAGCCUAGAAACGCCGUGCUAAUAACAAAUGUACUCAAACUAGGCAUAGUCGUUAAGGAAUGGACUCCAAGGAAUGAUCUGGUUGAGUCCUUGCAAAUUGAAACUGCAGUGAGGAAGUUGAUAGCAUCCAAUGAAGGAGAUGAAAUGAGGAAGAGAGCAACGGAGUUGAGAAAUGAAAUCAAAAAAUCUGUGGCAGAGGGCGGAGCUAGUCGCGUGGAAUUGGAAUCAUUCAUCGACCACAUUACAAGAUCAUGAUAAUCGCGUUCAAGAACAGACUGUGGCUCUGUGCUCUAUUCAAAUGCAAUUACUUGUGAUAUAUGAAUGGUUUGAUUACCUAUAGUUAUUUACAAAUCAUGAAUUAUAUGCAUGUCAUUUC